AUGGGCAACGUUAUGGAAGGCAAGUCGGUGGAGGAACUGAGCAGCACCGAGUGCCACCAGUGGUACAAGAAAUUCAUGACCGAGUGUCCCUCCGGCCAGCUCACCCUCUAUGAGUUCCGCCAGUUCUUCGGCCUCAAGAACCUGAGCCCAACAUCCAGCCAGUACGUCGAGCAGAUGUUUGAGACCUUCGAUUUCAACAAGGACGGCUACAUCGAUUUCAUGGAGUACGUGGCGGCGCUCAGCCUGGUCCUCAAGGGCAAGGUGGAACAGAAGCUGCGCUGGUACUUCAAGCUCUACGACGUGGACGGCAACGGCUGCAUCGACCGCGAGGAGCUGCUCACCAUCAUCAGGGCCAUUCGAACCAUUAACCCCUGCAGCGACACCACCAUGACCGCAGAGGAGUUCACGGACACCGUGUUCUCCAAGAUUGACGUCAACGGGGAUGGGGAGCUGUCCCUGGAGGAGUUCAUGGAGGGCAUCCAGAAGGACCAGGUGCUCCUGGACACGCUGACCCGAAGCCUGGACCUGACCCGCAUUGUGCGCAGGCUCCAGAAUGGAGAGGACGAGGAGGAGGAGGAGGCUGGAGAAGGGACAGCGAAGGCUGCCGGCUGA